UCCACACCAGUUGUUCUCCACACGUCUUCCACUCAUUGCAAACUUGGACCAGGAGGAAGACAGGCACGCACACGUACACUCCAACACACACGCCCCAGAGGAAGGACCGAAGAUCGCUCACUGAAGAGCAAAUCCAAGUGAAAGAGGGAUAGUUGCCCUUCCACAUCGCGACCAGAACAUUGUCCAUCAUGGAGCUCUUCGAGACCAACCCUUACUUCUUCCCUGACCAGCGCUUCUAUGAAGGUGGAGAUAGCUACUUCCCCUCUCGCCUGCCUGGGGGGUUCGACCAAGCUGGCUAUCAGGACAGAAACUCCAUGAUGGGCUUGUGCGGGAGUCUUUCAGGCAAUGUUGGCGUUGCAGGAACAGAAGAAAAAGCUUCUCCAUCCAGCCUGUCGCCUCAGUCUGAACAGCACUGCCCCGGUCAGUGCCUACCGUGGGCCUGUAAGCUGUGCAAAAGGAAGACGGUGACCAUGGACCGCCGGAGAGCAGCCACGCUGAGGGAGAAGAGACGUCUGAAGAAAGUGAACGAGGCCUUCGAUGCUCUGAAGAGGAGCACCUUGAUGAACCCCAACCAAAGGCUACCCAAGGUGGAGAUUUUGCGAAGUGCCAUACAGUACAUAGAGAGGUUACAGGCGCUGGUGUCCUCCCUCAACCAGCAGGACACUGAGACGGGACAGACGGGGUUGCACUACCGACCCAACCCGGCCCAGCCCAGAGUGUCAUCGUCCAGCGAGCCCAGUUCCAGCAGCACCUGCUGCAGCAGCCCAGAGUGGAGCAGCACUCCGGAGCAGUGCUCGCAGAGCUACAGCAGUGAGGAUCUCCUGAGUGCUGCUGAAUCUCCUGAGCAGGGGAACAUGCAUGCUUUGACCUCCAUAGUGGACAGCAUCACUGGAGCUGAUGGAUCUGUGGCUUUUCCUGUAGACAUUCCCAAAUAGACCUUCCAUACUCAACCAUACACAAAUGGUAAUGAAACAACCAAUCCUAAAGGGUGACUUAGCUUUUAUUUUUAAGCGUCUACUGAUUUGAGUGUUUUGUCUUAUGCCAAAUAUUUGUGAUUGAUUAGAAUUGUAACUUUGCUGAUCCGAGGGUCUGAUGGUAAACCAAAUUCCUCCUUUCACAAUGAGGCCUUUUUUCCACUUAAAAAAAUUCCCUUAUGCAGUGGUCCGAACUGAUCUGUCAGAGUUGCAGAAACUUAGAUUUAAUGACUUAGCUGCAUGAACCCAAAACCCAAUCAGAGUGUAUCUCUGCGUUUCUACAGUAGAUCCACAGAGAAAUAAUAAAGGCUGGUUCUGAUUUUAUUUUGAAAUUUUUCCUCUUUUCAAAAUCUUUCCCUUGUUUGUGUGAGUUUUAUGCUUGAAAACAACAUGAGUUUUAUUUGUGGGGCCAAUAUGUACCAUGGCAGUUUUGACCAAGAUCUGCUUAAUUUAAACAGGUUAUGAAUGCUAGUGUUGUAAAUAUGUUCCCUUUUUUCUACAGAGUGGUUUUUGACAUUCGGUUUUUUAUUCUUUGCUAACUUAUUGUUGACUUUUAUAACUAUGAUUGUUGUGUAUUUGUAGAUGUUCUGAAAAGUGAUAUUUUCUGUUUAAUUCUCGCAAUAAAGACCAUUUUCAAUA